AUGGGAGAUCGCCUGCAACAUGUGGGCGGCGCCACCGCCAGCCCCGCCUCAGCGCCGCCGCCGGUUCCGCUGCCGCCGGCGGGGUCACCGAUCCGACCCGCCCUCGCCCUCGCCAUCGGGAUCAUCACGACGAUUCUGUCCGUGGUCUGCCUCGCCCUCCUCUACGCCAGGCACUGCCGGCGCUCCACCGGCGGAGGGCGACCCUACGGCGGCGGCGCCGCCACCGUGGGGGGGCGGAGGAGGAACUCGGGGGUGGGGAGGGCGGUGGUGGAGUCCCUGCCGUUGUUCCGGUUCGGGUCUUUGCGGGGGCCGAAGAAGGAGGAGGGCCUAGAUUGCGCAGUCUGUCUCUGCCGAUUCGAGGAAUCGGAGCUUCUCCGGCUGCUCCCCAAGUGCAAGCACGCCUUCCACGUCGACUGCAUCGACACUUGGCUCGACGCCCACGGCAGCUGCCCUCUCUGCCGCUUCCGAGUCGACCCGGAAGACGUCCUCCUCCCCUUCCGCCGCCACGAGCUCGCGAGCGGCGGCGGCACCGCCGCCGCCGCCGCCGUGGGGUCCCUGUUCAGGGCCCCUGGGAGGCACUCCUCUGCGGGGGAGAAGCGCAGCGGCGCAACGGCGGCGCCGCCGGCGGGAAGGAAGGACGGGCUGCUGCUGGGGCACCAGAUCGUCGUCGCCAGCGACGGCGACCCGGAGGACGGCAGCGGCGGCGAGAUCAGCCACCGGCAGCGGCGGUGGAGCGACGUGAGGCCGCAGGAGCUGCUGUUCCUCCGGCGGGAGAUGAUCCUCACCGGCGGCGGGUGGCCCUGCCGCGGAGAAGCCAACGCCCCCGGAUAA